AGAAAUAAAAGAUCUUGCUUACGUGCGUAGUUGUUUUAUCACGAGGUUUCUUCGUCCUUUGCCCUCGUUGACGCAUCACGCGCUUCUUGAGAAAGUUGCAUCUGUUGCUCCAAGAAGACUUAAAUACAGCUCAUCCUGCCUAGCUCAUCAUCAGAUCUGAUCAGUGCUCAACUGAAGACUUCCAAAAGCUCUCUUCCAGAUCAACGCUGCUUUGACGUCCAGAACCUGACACGAUGCAUGUCUUCCUAGCCCUCAUGUUUGUGGCUGCUGCCACGGCCGAGUUGGCCCCUCUGCUCGAGAACUCUGAGCCCAUCCCAGGAAAGUACAUCAUCAAGCUCCGUGACGAUUUCAACAUCGAUGAAAUUGCUUCUACCGUUCGUCUCUCUGGUGGAAAAGUAGGUAACCUUUUCAGAAACGUCCUACACGGCUUCGCUGCCGAGCUCUCCGAUGAGGUCCUCGACAUUGUUCGUGGACUUCGCGCCGUUGAGUACGUUGAACAGGACGGCGUCUAUCGUACUCAGGUCACCUGGGGUCUAGACCGUAUCGACCAAAGGAAUCUCGCUCUUGACAAUGACUAUAGUCCAAGGGGCACCGGAAGCGGAUAUACUGUGUGGGUAAUCGAUACCGGCGUCUUGGAUACCCACAAUGACUUUGGUGGUCGUGCUGACCAAGUGGUAAACUACGCAGGUGGUCAAAGUUCGGAUUGUAACGGACAUGGAACCCACUGCGCUGGGACAGUUGGCUCCAAUACCUAUGGUGUCGCGACGGGUGUAACCAUCAAGGGAGUCAAAGUCUUAAACUGUUUUGGAUCGGGCUCCAAUAGCGGUGUUAUCUCAGGGGUGAAUUAUGUAAAGGGCAAUAGCGGAAGCAAGGACGUUGCUUCAAUGUCACUGGGAGGAGGGAUCUCAACAGCUUUAGACACUGCUGUCGAGCAACUUAUUUCUUCAGGAGUUCCAACCGCCGUGGCUGCUGGUAAUGAUGAUAGCAAUGCCUGCCUCUCUUCUCCUGCACGUGCUUCGACGGCAAUCACAGUUGGAGCUACAGAUAGUAGCGACAACCGCUCAUCAUUUUCCAACUACGGUAGCUGCCUAGACAUCUUUGCUCCAGGUACUUCUAUCACGUCUACUUGGUAUACGUCUAAUUCAGCAACCAAAACCAUCAGUGGAACUUCGAUGGCCUGUCCUCAUGUUGCUGGUGGCAUUGCACUUUUCGGCAAAAGCACUUCUGAUAUGCUUGCUGAUGCUUCUUCCGGUAAGAUUAGUGAUGUAGGAACUAAUAGCCCUAAUAAACUUCUCUACGUCGGAUAAUGAGUGGUGGCGGCCCGCUCCAAGCAGCAACGAAGCAGAGUUAUGACACAUAACAAUUAAAACAAAAAAAUAAAUAAACUGUUCAAUUUUCUUUGAAAAUGAGCAUCUGCGUGUUUGAUUUAUCCGGAAAUUAAUAAAUGACAAAGUAAAAAUAAACAUGAAAUUACUUUCAUUCCAAAAACUUCUUCCUGCACAUGUUGCAAUAGGUUGAAUUCCAUAUCGAUAUUAAUUUGGGAUAACUGUGGUGUAUAGGCUUUUGUAGGCCAUGUAAGAAUACGGGGGGGGGGGUCUUUUUGUCUUUCUUUUCCGGAACAAGCACUGUUAUCGUGCAGUAAAGGCCAUAUCCUUCGAUUAUUUUCUUUUUGAGAAAUUACUAAACAACGCAACUAAAAGAUAUAACGGGAUCAUAAUUAAUGAUUGAUAACAUUCCAAAUCAUCGAUCAGUCAUGGCGAUACUUUGAAUUCUAGAUGUAUUUCUCACUGUAUAUCGAUUGAGCAAGCAUCGUGAGGAUUCUUUCUUCAUGAGAGAGUUGUAACAGCAUUAUAGAUAACAAGAUCUGUUGGUAUUCAUUGCCAUCAAGCGGAUAAUUCUGGUCUCAUCUACAAAGAAAUACUAGGUGAUUGGCAUGUCUUCUACGAGAAUGUUCACGAUGCGAUACGCCUUUCACACUGAAGUUAUCUUCAUCAACAUUACCAAGUUAGCCCUCUAAAGUUAAAAGACAUUGCAUUAUCAUUUAUCGACCAUAACCGAAAUGUAUUAUCGAAUCUUUAGCGAAUAAAAUCCAAAUUGAACU